UGAUCACACCCGGAUGUAGAGCGCUAUCCGGCGAAUGUAAAAAAGAGAAUCUGCAUUUUCCUGAGUGCUGAACACGUUCAUAUUAUUUAAUAACAUGAAUGACCAGGGCAAACAUUUACAACAUGCAACGCGGGCAAAGCUAAGAAAAUUCAAUACUUUGCGUGGUGAAGAGGUACAACCUGGGGAAUUUUGGGAUCUGGUGAUUGUGACCGCUGUCGAUGAGAGCCAAAGAGUCGCGUACGAACUUCAGAUCAAAGACAAAAUAGCCAGAAAAGAACUUCCUCUAGGAGUCGAGUAUAAAGUUUUCUCAGACCCACCUGGUGCCAAAAUAGGGAAUGGAGGCUCAACCCUCUAUGUAUUGCAACGGCUGGACAGCAUCUAUGGGAAGGCACUUGGCAAAUUCAGGGUUAUCCUGAUCCAUGCAGGAGGGUUCAGCCAGAGGUUGCCAAACGCCAGUGCUCUGGGGAAGAUCUUCACCGCCCUGCCUCUGUGUGAGCCUCUCUACCAGAUGUUGGAACUCAAGCUGGCCAUGUAUGUCGAUUUCCCCUCGCAAAUGCGCCCUGGCGUUCUGGUGACGUGUGCGGACGACAUAGAGAUGUACAGUAUCUCUGAAGACGAGAGUGUUCGGUUCGACAAGCCCGGCUUCACUGCUCUGGCCCAUCCUUCCUCGCUCUCCAUCGGAACCACCCAUGGGGUGUUUGUGUUGGCGAGCGAUGACAAACAUGCUCGCAAGGAAAUGGAAUACGUUUCCUGCCUUCAGUUCCUGCACAAGCCGAGCAUCGCGAAAAUGCAAGACACGGGUGCUGUAUGUAAAAAGCGCGGAGAUAGUAUUUCUUUGACUGACGAUCAAUUCGUCUACACGGACAGCACUUACUAUGUGUGCUACACCACUGCACUGCUCCUUCUCUCCCUGCUAAAAGACAUCACACCGCUGAGGUGCGAGGUCGACGCCUACGGGGACUUCCUCCAAGCCCUCGGCCCCGAAGCCACCGACGCGUACACUCACGACGGCGCAAACGUCCAGAAGCGCGAGGAGUGCCUCGUGGCGGUGCGGCAGAAGAUCUUCCGUCGCCUCAGUGGAACUCCGCUGAACGUCAUCCUCCUCAACAACUCCAAAUUCUAUCACAUCGGCUCAACCGCCGAGUACCUCUUCCACCUCACCCAGGACCCGGCGCUGAGGGCUGAGCUGGGCCUGGUCGCCUCGGCCUUCAGCGCCCGUCCCGGGGCCGACGGGCCUCCGGAGAGCGCCGCCGCCGCCGUCUCCUGUGUGAUGCACAGUACCCUGGAGCCCAGUUGUUCUGUAGCCCGGAAGACCGUGUUGGAGUACUGCAGACUGGAGGCCAGGGUAACCGUAGGAACAGGCUCCAUCCUCAGCGGUUGCUGGGUGGACCAGGGCCUCUGUGUACCCGCCGAGGUCUUCAUGCACUCGCUCUGUGUGACGGCCAACCCCCACCAGCCGGCGUCCCAACCCGGGUUUGUCACUGUUUGCUUCGGUAUCCAUGACGACCUGAAGCGGAGCGUGCAGUCCCCGGCGCACGUGGAGGAGCUGACUUUCCUGGGGUUAAGCCUGACGAAGUGUCUCUCCCAUUGGGGGAUGGGUGAGGAAGUCCUGAAGUUCUCUGGGGAUUGUAGCUUAUGGAAUGUCUGCCUGUUCCCUGUGUGCUCUGACCUGCAGAGUUCUUUCUCCAUGACUUUGGACCUGCUGCAGGCGGUCCUGAAGUGCUCCACCUUUAACGUACCAAGCACCACCCAGCUCAUGUCCAUGCAUCAGGCGCUACAGCUGAAGAACCUCAAGGAGAUGUUGACGUUUCGGAAGGAGCUGUACAACGACAUUAAGCAGAAGAGAUCUAUCCAAUGAUGGACAGAGUGUAUUCAUGAUUACGUACACAAUCCAACGUAGACAUUAAGAUUGUGUUUAUUUGUAAAUUCCAUAUUUACAUCUAGACAAUUUUUUUCUUCUUUGCUCAGGGACUGCAUGCAUGUAAACCGCAUACACUGGGAUUCAAACCAAUAAUUUUUCCCCUUUUUGAUUUAAACCCCCAACAAUAAUUAUAUUUGAAUAAUGUUUUCAAUGCCUCCAUUUGUAUGCUAUAUUGAAUCAAAAUGUUUGCUUUUUAUAAAUGUAUUUUUUGCGGACGUUGUACUAUUUUUGUGUUUGUCAUUGUUACAAAUUAUAAUAAACAUCAAUGGAAAAGCUACUUUGAAGCUACUUUAAA